AUGGAUUGCUCUUCGUCGACUUUCUCCGAAGGGCCUUCUCUUAAUGCGACAGUAGAGUGUUACAACGUUCCCCAGGCCAUCGUCGGAACAAGGUUCUUACCAAAAAGUUUCUAAAAUAUUGAUGUUAUUGACGAGUCUAUUAAUUUUUUACUCUUAUAAUCGGUGUCGCACCAGAAAAAAAAACUUUUUUCUUUUUUCAAGCCUCAUCUUUCAGGCUUUGCUCAGUUGUGAUCGAGAUUAGAACAUCGCCUGUGCUUUCAGAGGUAGUCUCAUGUACACUUUAUCUGUUUAUUUUCUAUUUGUAGGUGGUGGUAACAUCGGAGAGCGAUCCUACAAUUUUCUUCCGAGGAAACACUUCCAUCCAGGACUGUCAACUACUCAAAGGAAAUCUUCUUGAGCUCAGAAAGGAGAGGGAGAACAGCUUCAGGUUUCCAUUUAUCGUCAAUUUCAAAUUUCAAAUAUAGUUUCAUCUCAUGAAAUCAAUUUUUAAUCUUUUUGAGACAAGAAGCUUUUUCUUCAAGAUCUUCCGAAAAAAGUUUUACCAUUCGAAAUUACGUUUUUGCCACCUUCUUCAAAAAAAUCGGGUGUAAUGACUGGAUUUUAUUCACUGAGAGUUCAAAAAAAUAAAUUUUUUUUCAUGCUCUCUACCUGCAUCUUUUUUUUCUUUUGAAUAAGUUAUUUGCAGCUCUGCGGUUCCGAGAAUCGAAUAUUGUUCAGAUGGGGUGAACUGUUCUCUCAUAGUGGAAUGGAUCCCGAAUAUUGUUACAGUAAGACUCAUGCGACCAUCUACGGAAGAAAUAUCGGCCCAUCUUCUACAAGAAUUUACGAAAUUGAAGGUUUGCUUGGAAGAUUUACUUUUUAACAAAAUCUUCAUCAGGGUACCUUACGAGAGGAAAAGAAAGCAAAAGAGCAAAUAAAAUCGCAGCUUGAAAGAUCUGAGGAGCGUCUUUUAGCGGUGACCUAAAAGUUUAUCAAGGAAAAUAAAACUGGAACUUUCAGCUUGAAAAGGAAUGUAGCUGGCAGUUGAAGCAAAUCGAGUUAUUGAGUAUGUUGCUGAAAACCACUUCGAGUUAGUUUUUUUUUGUCUACUUGUUUUAUUUCGAAAACACCAAAAGUUCAGACACUGCGCCCCCAAAGGCUUCUUAUCUCGCGCAACAAGGUUUCAACGGCUCUCUACAAAAGUCUCCGACUCGUUCGGAGUCUCUUGCUGGAUAUAGCUGUUCUGAGAGCAGCGCUUCCUGUUCGUACGACUCGGCUCCUGUCAAAAGCAAUUAUUUCGCGGUAAUUAUCAAUUUUUGUCAUGCAUAGUACACCUGCUUACUUUUUAGGUAAUCUUUUUUUAGUUAGAGGCCCCCUUCUGGAUAGAGAAAGUUCAGUUUAAAAAAGUUUUCUUCUGUUUGAAAGAACGGCUGUAGAACAUACGAUGAUAUUGCGCUGAAAGUCUUUCAAUUGAUUUUUUCUUUCUUUAAGUUUUGUAGCUACGCAUCACCACUAUCGAAUGAUCAUCGAUCGAUUCAGGUGAUCAAAAAAGCGUGCAGAACUUCGGAAAACGUUUGUGACGUUGUCAGGUCGGACGAGAGGGAAGAAGAAGUGGAAGAACAGAGUGCGGAGUGUUCGGAAGACGAACAGAGCGGUGGGUAAACUUUUUUGAAGGCGAAUUCGUUUUUGUAGAUGUAGUGAAAAAAGAAGCUGACGGUGAUCUACACAACGACAUUGAAACGCAAUCAGAAGACGCGGGACGGAAGCUUCUUUUCGAUUCUGCUGCAGAAGGUUUGGAAGAUCCCGGAACGUCUUCCUCUCGCUCCGGCGACGGGAUCGCUGGAACCUCCCUGGCUCAGUUUUCAUCAACUAAAAAAUCUCAGGUUUUUUUUUCUUUUUUGUUUUGGACUUUGUCCGCGAAUGUCCUCAAAGUUAAAAAUGAAAUCAUGUAUAUAUUCAUAUUUUUAUUGAGUUUCAAGUUAAGGACGUUCUCGUUGGCGUGGCACAGUAUAUAUUAUGUCAACUGUGUCCAGAAGACAAUCAAAAAAUAGAAGAUAUAGAAACGCACUUUCUCACUCAACACGUCGACCAGGUUUGUAAUUUUUUCUCAUUUUAUAUCUCUGAAUGUCCUCCAGUCGCUCCAAAAGUGUUAAAAAACUUUAGAGGUGUGUAAAUAUGUUUAUCUCUUUGAAGUUUUCAAAUCGAAAAGGAUUUCUGCUCGAAUUGUUUUUAAACAAUCGUUUAGACGAAACAACAGUGCGAAGCUUGUCCUUCGGAACCGCAGACGAACAUGAUUCAGCACAUGAGGAUACACACUAAUAUGUAGGAUGACUUUUCCGUAUUUUCAACAACCACCGUUUGAGGAUCUACGCGUGCCAGUAUUGCGGAAAGAAAGGCCGAAAAAACUUCCUCAAAUCGCACAUCAGAAAGCAUACGGGUGAAAAACCCUUCGAGGUGAUUUCUUCGUGUUUUUUUUGGAUGGUACGAAGUUACUAUUCCGAACUGAUGGCUAAAAUGUGGAAUUUGACGAGAUUAAACUUCUAGAUUUUUUCUGAUUUUUUGAAAUUUUCUUUUUUCUUGUUCAUCAUCAAAUCAUUUAUUUCGUUCCUUUAUUCAGAUGGGCGGUGGAAAAUUACUUAAAAAGCCGUAUCCAACAACCGCCCUUGGCGAAUUGGACGUUAAAACGUGUAGUUGAUCAAGUUCAAAGCACGGUCCUAAAAUUUUUCGCCUCGUUCUUCUCCGCGUAGUCCAUCAAAUUGCGCCUUGACGAGCUCAUAACUGUCACAAAUUUCCACCAAGACUUAACUGAUCUCAAUUUUUUUUACUCUCACUUUUUUUCUUUAUUCAAAUUGUAGAUCGAAUUGAACUUGUUGGGGUUCACACUGAUCUGAAAUUAUUAUUAUUAAAAAAUGAGGGUGUAACCCGCAGUCAACUCCGAAAAAAGUGAACUUUUCGAUGAUGUUUUCGGUGCACCCCGCGUUGGACAUGGAUGGGGUGCGCCCCUGUUGCAACCGGUCGGCACUUGGAGCUAAACGGGGUAAACCCCUGCUUACACUGCAUGGUGCACCGAGAGUUCGACGCGGGGUGCACCGCAACUUUUGUUAGAGAAUGUAGCGGAUCUUGUGCUGGAGCCAAGAGACCGUGCUCUAAAUAGGGAACGUUUUUUUUCCGAGUUAUGAAGCUUCAAAGUACGUAAAAUACGCGAAUUAGGCCAAAAAUAUUCUAUUUUAAGCUGUUGAAGCUCCAUAACUCGGAAACAAGAUCUAUUGCGAAAAACUUUCCCCAGUAAGUGGAAGCCUCGAAAUGAGAGCAACCACUUCUAGUGAAGACCACACCGAAAUUUUGUGCAUGUAAUAAGCCGGUGGUUUAGUGUGAGAUGUGCAGCCGGGCGUUCUCCGAUCGGUCGACGUUGCGACGUCAUCUGCUGGUCCAUUCCGGCGAGAAGAAGCACACGUGUCCCAUUUGCGGCCGCGGCAUCGCCCGUAAAGACAACGUUAAAGUUCACAUACGUAGCCACGGCCUAGAGUUAUGAUCCAUGUCUUAUAUUUGUUUUUACUUUUGUUUCUCGUCUCCUCAUCCUAUUCGUCAAUUAAGCUACGUACCGAAAGAGAGUUGCGAAAAAAAAAACUUUACUCAAUUUUUCAACUAAUGCAAGGAGCCGUCCAUUUAAAGGCUUCAAACGGCUGCGCGUUACAUUGCAUUAUAGUUUAUUGUACAUUUUCAUCGAUUUACUGUGAUAAUUUUACAGCCAUUCGAAAUAUUAUAACUGAAACUUCUUAGAUAUAAAUAAACUUUCAAAAUCUGCAUUUAUGUCGUUUUUUGUUCUGCGAAAAGAUUCAAUUUUCUCGAGAGUAUCUGUUUCGGGAGACUGUAGCUGAUAACAAAGCUUAAAGACCCCGAUUUUUAGCACUUUUAGUAGUGAGAAGAGAGAAGAAUAAUUUCAGGCUUUGCUUUGUUUUUCACAAAUUAUAAUGUGAUGAAUGGAUUGUAUAGGUCUGUAAAGACGCUGACCCGUCUUCGCUGUUAUCUAUGCGUGCGAAUUUCUGUUUUGUGUGUGUUUGUGAUACGUUAGUGUUAGUUUUGACAAGCUUGAAUUUUUGUAUUCUAUAUAAAAAACAAAAAAGAACUUAUUGUACUUUUUGGUUUUUUGGGAGGUUUUUUCUAUGCCUCGAUAUCAGUCCUUCGAAUUUUUCAAUCAAUUUUAGUUAUUCAGUGGCAUUAGUCGUUCAAGAAAUGCAGGAAGAGACUUCGAAGCCUUCAACCUCCGGAGACCCUCAGAGUGGCGGAUCUGUUUUGGAAGAAAUCAUGUGAGUCUCUUUUCAUUGAACAAUUCCGUUCAACAACUACAUUACAGUCAAACACAAGACGAACUUACAUUGCGUAUGGGCGAUGCGAAUAAAAGAUUGGAGAAGAAGAAUGCCGAAAUAGAAGAAUUUGUCAGUUUUAUUUUUUUAUGAACUGAUCCACUUGCAACGACUCGAAAAGGCAAUCGUUUUCAUAGAAGAGUCGCAACGAAAUUUUUUUUUGAAUAUUUUUUUUUCUAAAUGAGAAAGAACCUGAAACAAACAUCGCUAAUCUGGUUCGAGUUUGAAAGCUUUUUCUCAUGUUGCUCAUAAUAGCAUCUUCGAAAGAAGCUUUUUUUCAAGCAUAGGCAAAGUCGGAAAGGGUGGGUACCAGGUUUUAUAAAAAUUUUCCUUUUAGGUAGACAAAGGUUCCUUUGGCUGUCUUUUUGCGGCCUUUUUUGAGCCUCUCCUUUUUGGCGGCCAUUAUCCACCAUUACAACUUUGCCCGAGAGAAUGAAAUUUAAAAAAUUUUUUUGGUUUUUGUACUUUUUCGACAUGCUUCGGUUGCUUAUCGGAGCUCUGGGACUGUCUCCAAGAAAAACCAGAAAAACGGGGAAAACAUUUUUCUUGUUAAGACCUUGUCAAAAUGGGUCCACAAAAAAAUCUUAUCAUUUUAUAGAAAAAAAGCUAUGACUUUGAAGAAUUAUAUACUAAACUAUUAAAUGCCUACGUUUCACGCUUCAAAGAGCGCUAUAGAUUAAAAAAAAACAUUUAUCUAUUUCUUUUUCUUUUUUUCUUUCUCUCGUUUGAAAACUCGAUGGAAAUGGGCUCCUAGGACCGUAUCACAAAGUUUUCUAAUUGCAUAGUUUCCUCCGUGAGGACUUCCAAUAUCGCCUUUAUUUGCCUUUAAAGAGAUUUUAAGCUUUCGCCGGAGCCACCACAGCUGAAAAGUUCCUGAUUUGUAAUUGAAACUCUCGGAACGCGCUCUUUGUUUGUUUGUUCAACUGGCUUGCUUCAGGCUGUGGCUUAUUGCGUUAUUCUCGAUUUCCACAAUUAUUUCAACAUGUUCAACCAGAAUAUGCUUUUCCUAGCACGUUCUCAUUCUUUUUCAGUAAUGGUAGAAUCUCUUUCUUGUUCAAAUUAUCGCUCUGCGGUUUUUUCAUUUUAAUCUGAAGCGUUAGCAUCGAAGAAUGGGAAUUACGUGAAAGAUUAAUUGAUUUUCCCUGAGAGGUCUAUAGCUGAUUCACGGCUGGCUUGAGUCAUGGAAAAAAAGGGUCCUGACACGAUAAGAAUAGAGAUAGUGCUUGAUUUAUAGAUGGCGCAGACAUGCCACUUCUUUUUGCGUCCCAAGCUAGCCUUGGCUCUAACAUAAACAUAUGAAUUGGAAGAAUAUUGUGAAAAAUCAAGGUCAAUCUUUUUCGGUGUCUUCUCAAAUAGUUGUGUGAAAGAGAUUUUUCUCUUAAAUUUUUAUUUGCCGAGACCCUGAACAGUACUUUCAGCGAUUUGGUGGGAACGGAGAAAAAAAGGGUUUUUUUUGGACCCACAGAAAGAAACUGUCAACUUGACUUGUGCGUCAAAAAAGUGACUGCUUGUCAUAGCUGUCUGUGUCUGGAAAAAAAACCCCCGUAAAACGGAAUUUUGAUAUUUUUUAAGGUUCCUUCAAAAAACCAACUCUGUAAGAAUCAUGUCCUCAUCGUUUUUCAUGACGAAAUACUUAUUUUUUGAUAUAAAUAUGGAUCUCAGCUAGAAUUAUACUAUCUAAUAAGAAGUUUUUUUGAGUUUUCUCAAAACUUGAAUACGUAGUGUGUUGGUUGCAGCUUUGGUUGGCUCAAAAACGACUUCCACAGAUACGUGAAAUCGCGAAGGAUAUGGUAAAUAUUGUGGAACGGACCGAAGCUCUGCAAGCAAGAAUCGCCGCCCUCCAAAAGUUUGUUUUCCUUUUCUUUUAUCUCAGAAUGAUCUCAAAAAACGUUAUUAUCUUUUUCUUGAUUUAUUUUUUUUCUACAACGUACAGGUCCUUUUUCUGUGAGAGAUAAAAUUCGAUGUCAAAUUUCCUUUUUUUCCGAGCUUCAUAGACCUCAUUUGCCAAGUCUUGACACAGUUUGAUUCGUUAUCUCUUAUCGUUCCCUGAUUGAUUUAAAAAGGGAAAAAAUCACCAAAAAAGGAUAGUUUCACCCAGGGAAAAGAAGGCGGAGAGAAGCUAGACUGAUAUGAUUGAAAUGACUUUCAGAAACGUCAAAAUUUGAGUUUUUCAUGCACUUUCUCUGCUGAAAUCAAAUAUUUUGAAAAUGUUCAACUUAUAAUAACUAUUUCCCUUGUAUUGCUCAGAUUUUUUUCGUAAUUCAGUUCCAAUUUAAAACGCUUCUGCGCGUUCAAGUUUUUGAGCGCCGAAGAAAAACGAAAGAAAAUUAGAUUAUUCCCACUUGGUGCUUCACAGCCAACUUUCUUUUCUUCAUGUCUGUCUCAAGGCUUUUUUUACAUUCAUUCGUUUGAAUCGAGAUCAGUUGAAAAUAACCAUUUUUCAAGUUUCGUUAUUUAUUGUAAGGCACAACUUUUUCUUGGUGUUCUAUAAAGUCCCACUGAAAACAGCUUUUGAAGUAGAUUUGGACCUAUUAUUUUUCUUCGAACCCCAUAGGCUGUUUAUGAGUCUACUGUAUCGUUUGGAAUAAAAAAAAAUAUUUUUGGAGGUGUCCGAAUUUUCUUCAUUGAGACUUUCAAGGAGAUGUUAAUUUAUCAUAAACUCGUCUUUGUUUGGAAACAUUUUGAUAUUUUUUCUUGAAAAAAUAAGUUUCAUGAGUGGUUUCAAAAUAUCUGAAUUUGUUGGUCUAGCAUAGCUUUAAUAAAAAUGUAAAAAGUGUUCAGAGCCUCUGAAUCAGAGGUCCUUUUAUCGUAUUCUUUUUGAACACAUCGGAAAAAUUUUGCGAAAAAAAAUAUUCUUCAUUUUUCUAGGUUUACAAUCCUUUUUUUUUAAUGUUCUGUGUUCAUAUGGAAAGCGUUGACAUAAGAUAAAAACUUGCUUUCAAAGCAGUACAAUAAAAUAUUCUCCUCUUUUUGGCCUAAUAAAAGUAGCAGAAAACGUAAUUGUCAAGUCCAAAUGGUUCCUUUCAACUUUCCAAAUUUUUUAGAUCCUUUUUCAACUUGUAUCAAGUUUUUGCCGCUAGCCUCAAAAUAGUAUUCAAAGAAAGGAUAAUCGAAACCAAUUCCAAAAAAUCUGGAAUUCAGAGCUCUGUGUUGAGGGAAAAAGAAAUUGAGCUCUGCCUAGCCUUUUUUUCAAUCGACACAGAGGUUUCAAUUAAUUGCGUUUUUGUUUGCUCUCCGCUUUCCAUUUCUGUUUUCAAAGAAAACCAGAUUUUUCUGAAAUCUUCUUAUGACACUUGUUAGGGUAGAAACUCAGCACAUUAUCUGAGAAAGCUCCUUUUGCGUUUUCUUCACCUGGAAGAUGAGUACUUUCAGUAACCGGCGGCAAUAA